UGACGUCUAUUAUUGUGCGUUUGCUUAAAUUCACCCCUCAACGUCCAACCAUCUGCUAUCGUUUAGCGCAAUUUUUUCGAAAGCUCCGCUAUAACGUUAAGCUGCAUCAAAUAUGCCGUCUGGCAAAAACUUCAGGCGGAGAAGGGACUCGUCAGAUGUGGAGGAGGAUGAGAUAACUAAAGAAGUCAGAUCAAAAGUAGAAGAGGCAAAAGAGCUACAGAGUUUGCGGAAACGACAGACCGGAGUCAGUGUGACCGCCCUGUUGGUUGGGGAGAAACUGCCACCAGAUGCUGAAACUGAUAAUGACCCUUUCAAACUGAAGACUGGAGGAGUUGUCGAUAUGAAGAAAGCCAAAGACAGGAAUAGGGACAUGACAGAAGAGGAGACAGACUUGAACCUUGGCACUUCCUUUUCUGCGGAAACUAACAGAAGAGAUGAAGAUGCGGACAUGAUGAAAUAUAUCGAGACAGAACUGAAAAAGAAAAAGGGGUUGGUGGAAGCCGUGGAACAGAAAGUUAAGGUGAAAAAUGCAGAGGACCACCUGUAUGAGCUGCCUGAGAGCAUCCGAGUCAAUUCUGCCAAGAAGACAGAGGAGAUGUUGUCCAAUCAGAUGCUGAGUGGGAUCCCUGAAGUCGAUCUCGGCAUUGACGCAAAGAUAAAGAACAUUAUCCAGACGGAGGAUGCAAAAGCCAAGCUUCUAGCAGAACAAAGGAACAAGAAAAAAGACCAAGGCACAUCAUUUGUACCCACCAACAUCGCCGUCAACUACGUCCAACACAACCGCUUCUAUCGUGAGGAUGUUAACGCACCACAGAGGCACCACAGACACCGAGAAGAGCCCAAAGCCAGGCCGCUGCGUGUGGGGGACACAGAGAAACCGGGUCCAGAGGUUUCAACACCAGCCAACUUCCGUAAACGUCCAAACAACGAAAAGGCAACAGAUGACUACCAUUAUGAGAAGUUCAAGAAGAUGAAUCGCCGAUAUUAAGGAGCUUGAUGUUGUUUUUACAAGAAUAAUUUACUCAACUUGAAAUUCAUCUUUCUAAAGAUUGAAGCCUUCAGAUGAGUUAAGAUAAUUUGCAGACUGAUUUUCUCAAUCAACUAUUAAAAGAAGGACCCCCAAGCCAGUGUAGUGCUUUGUAAAUAUUUUUUAAAACCUGUGGUUAACUGUAAACAGUAAAUUUGCAUGUCAUGUUUAAGGAUAAUUCCACAUUGAGGAAAUCACAUGGCUUAAAUGGCUCAGGAUUGUCUGAUAACCAAGAAAUCACCUUGAAAAAAGAUUAAAUUGAGUGGUAUUCUUGCUCUGAA